CCAAGACUUGACGUGGAUUAAAAAAUUCGGCAUUUUUCAAAAUUACGCCGGUUCUAUAAACAUUAAUUUUAAUAUAAUUAUGAGCUCUUAAGAGCUUUAAAUUUAGUUUAAAAAGGAAGAAGAGACAUCGUUUGUGUGAAAGAAGUUGAAAAUAUCUUGUAGGAUUAUCAAUAAAGUAGUAAAAUUAAAGAAAUAAAGUUGAAAGAAAAUUACAAAAUAAACAACUUAAAGUACACAUCACCAAAAAUACAGAAAUAUCAAGAUGAGCACGGUCCAGCAAAAAGCACCGUCUUCAUCCUAUAAAAUCAAUUGGGAGAAGCAGGAAAGUCUUGCAAAAUUAGGAAUUUUAGUGCUUGCUGCUAUUUUAUCAUUUUCUACACGUUUAUUUUCUGUCUUGCGGUUUGAGAGUGUUAUCCAUGAAUUCGAUCCUUAUUUUAACUAUAGAACUACCAAGUUCCUCACGGAUAAGGGAUUCUACAAUUUCCACAAUUGGUUCGAUGAGAUGGCAUGGUACCCAUUAGGAAGAAUCAUUGGAGGAACAAUUUAUCCAGGCUUGAUGGUGACAUCUGCAACACUUUAUCGCGUAUUAUGGUUCAUGAAUAUAACCAUCGAUAUUAGGAAUAUUUGCGUAUUUUUAGCUCCUUUGUUCUCAAGUUUUACAGUCAUUGUGACUUACUUGCUAACAUCAGAAAUCUAUUCAACUGGUGCUGGACUUGUUUCAGCUGCUAUGAUUGCAAUUGUUCCAGGAUACAUUUCUCGUUCAGUGGCUGGAUCAUACGAUAACGAAGGAAUUGCAAUUUUUGCUAUGUUACUGACAUACUACAUGUGGAUUAAAGCAGUUAAAACUGGAGCUAUUUUAUGGUCAACUCUCGCCAGUCUUGCAUACUUUUAUAUGGUAUCAAGUUGGGGUGGAUAUGUUUUCCUCAUCAAUCUUAUUCCAUUACAUGUCUUGGCAUUAAUGUUUACUGGAAGAUUUUCACAUCGUCUUUACGUCGCAUACAGCACAGUUUAUUGUGUCGGAACAAUUUUGAGCAUGCAGAUUUCAUUUGUUGGAUUUCAACCAGUCCAGUCAUCAGAACAUAUGCUUGCUUUUGGAGUCUUUGGAUUGUGUCAACUCUUUUCAUUUGUGGAAUAUUUAAAAUCAAAAUUGACAAAGGAACAGUUUGAAGUUCUUCUUAAAUCAAUAACCAUUGCAAUUGUAUCAAUUUUCCUUGGUUUUGCUGCUGUAUUGACAUUAUCUGGAAAAGUGUCGCCAUGGACUGGACGUUUCUAUUCCUUACUUGAUCCAUCAUAUGCUAAAAAUCAUAUUCCAAUUAUUGCAUCCGUUUCUGAGCAUCAACCGACAUCAUGGAGUUCAUUCUACUUUGAUUUGCAAAUUUUAGUAUUUCUAUUUCCGGCUGGCUUGUAUUUCUGCUUUGAUAAACUUACUGAUGCCAACAUUUUCAUUAUUCUGUAUGGAAUUACGUCAAUUUACUUUGCUGGCGUUAUGGUUCGUUUAAUGCUUGUAUUAGCACCAGUCAUGUGCAUAUUAUCAGGCAUUGCUGUAUCUCACUUGUUGACAAAAUACAUUCGCAAUGUCGACACAUCAGCUACAUCAUUUACAAGCACUGAAGGCAAGGCUGCACGUCCUGAUGUAUCAAAGAAAUACAAGAAAUAUGAUCAGCAAAAUAAAGGAGUCAAAAGUGAAAUUGCUAUUGGAUUUGUUGUCAUGAUUACCUUCAUGCUUAUCACUUAUACGUUCCAUUGUACUUGGGUCACAUCUGAGGCUUAUUCCUCACCAUCUAUCGUUUUAUCCGCACGAUCGCAUGAUGGCAGUCGAAUUAUUUUUGAUGAUUUCCGUGAAGCUUACUAUUGGCUGCAAAUGAACACUCCUGAGGACGCUCGAAUUAUGAGUUGGUGGGAUUAUGGAUAUCAAAUAACAGCGAUGGCGAAUCGAACGGUUCUAGUGGAUAAUAAUACUUGGAACAAUACACAUAUUUCGAGAGUUGGUCAAGCUAUGGCAUCGAGUGAGGAAAAAGCAUAUGAAAUCAUGAGGGAAUUGGAUGUAGACUAUGUUCUGGUCAUUUUUGGUGGUUUAACUGGAUAUUCAAGUGACGACAUUAAUAAAUUCUUGUGGAUGGUAAGAAUUGGUGGUUCAACAGAUCGUGGACAGCAUAUUAAGGAACAAGAUUAUUAUUCAUCAAAUGGUGACUUCAGAAUUGACAAAGAAGGUUCCCAAACACUUUUGAACUGUCUAAUGUACAAACUUUGUUACUAUCGAUUCGGUCAUGUAUACACAGAAGCUGGAAAACCAACAGGCUACGAUCGUGUCCGUGGAGCUGAAAUUGGUAAUAAAGAUUUUGAAUUGGAGACUUUACAGGAAGUUUAUACAACUGAGCACUGGCUUGUGAGAAUAUAUAAAGUUAAAGACUUAGAGAAUCGUGGUGUGUAAAGCAAUAGACACAUCCUGUAAGAGUGAAAUCAUAAUUUUUAGUAUUUGAGUCAUUCCUAUUAAAAACCUAAAUGAAUAUUAAGAAAAAUAAAUGCAACCAAACCAGCCCAAUUUUCACCUGCCUAACUACUACAAAGCUCAAAGAAUAUUCUCAAGGAAAUGUAAGGAAGAGAAACUUUUGCAGUUAUGUCAGUCAUGAACACUAAUCAUAAAUCUACACGUAAUACUUAACGCAAUUUUUUAACAUGAUCUUUAAUUAAUACCAGUUCUUAUCUAUUGUACUCUUUUUGAUUUGUAUUCACUUCUUUAUUAUUUUUAUUUUUUUCUAUAAUUUUUUUGUAACAAAAAAAAAAUAAAAGAUUUAUGACAAAAAGUUAAAAGUUUCUUUUGAAUAAUUUGGUUUGCAUUGGAACCAGUCACA